AUGAUGAAGUUUCGGUUCCGGCGGCAGGGCGCCGACCCGCAGCGCGAGAAGCUCAAACAAGAGCUCUUCGCCUUCCAUAAGACCGUGGAGCAUGGGUUCCCCAACCAGCCCAGUGCCCUGGCCUUCGACCCCAAGCUGUGCAUCAUGGCUAUUGGUACGAGGUCAGGAGCUAUCAAGAUCUAUGGUGCACCCGGUGUGGAGUUCACAGGUCUACACCAUGAUGCUGCCACUGUCACCCAGAUGCAUUUCCUGCCUGGCCAGGGCCGCCUCGUGACCCUGCUGGAUGACAACACUCUGCAUCUCUGGGAGAUCGUCCCUCACAAUGGCUGUGCCCACCUGGAGGAAACACUCAGCUUUCAGCCACCUAGCCGCCCUGGCUUUGACUGUGCCAGCACUCUGCCCAGUCUCUUCCGAGUCACUGUGAUUUUGCUGAUGACUGCGGGUAACAGGGCAGCCCUGGGCACUGAGGGCAGCAGCGUCUUCUUCUUAGACAUGGAUACACUGACACUGCUCGAGGGGCAGACCCUUGGCUCUGAUGAGGUUCUGCGGAGCCUGCCGGAAGACUACCGAUGUGGGAAGGCGUUAGGCCCCGUGGAGUCUCUACAGGGGCAUCUGCAAGACCCCAGCAAGAUUCUCAUCGGCUACAGCAGGGGCCUGCUGGUCAUCUGGAGCCAGGCCCAACACUGUGUGGACCGUGUCUUCUUGGGCAACCAGCAGCUCGAGAGCCUGUGCUGGGAGCGCAGUGGCAGCAUCAUUCUCAGCUCCCACAGUGAUGGCAGCUAUGCCAUCUGGCCUGUGGACUCGGGCAGCUCCUGCGUGCUGCAGCCCACGGCAGCCACCACACCCUAUGGCCCCUUCCCGUGUAAAGCCAUCAACAAGAUUCUGUGGAGAAACUGUGAAUCAGGGGGCCAUUUUAUUAUUUUCAGUGGUGGCAUGCCUCGUGCCAGCUAUGGGGAUCGCCACUGUGUGAGCGUGCUCCAGGCUGAAACCCUGGUGACCUUGGACUUCACCUCCCGAGUCAUUGACUUCUUCACCGUGCACAGCCCUCGGCCUGAGGAUGAAUUCGACAACCCCCAGGCCCUGGCCGUGCUGCUGGAAGAGGAGCUGGUGGUGCUGGACCUGCAAACAGCUGGCUGGCCGGCCGUGCCCGCCCCAUACCUUGCCCCCCUACACUCAUCUGCCAUCACCUGCUCAGCCCAUGUCGCCAAUGUCCCUGCCAAGCUGUGGGCCCGCCUUGUGAGCUUGGGCGAGCAGCAGAGCCCUCAGCCCACCUCCAGUGCCUCAAGCUGGCCCAUUACUGGGGGCCGGAACCUGGCCCAUGCACCAUCGCAGCGAGGGCUGCUGCUGACUGGCCACGAGGAUGGCACUGUGCGGUUCUGGGAUGCCUCGGGCGUGGCACUGCAGCCUCUCUACAAGCUGAGCACGGCCGGCCUGUUCCACACAGACUUUGAGCAUGCAGAUAGCCUGGGCCAGGCUGCCGAGGAUGACUGGCCACCCUUUCGCAAGGUGGGCUGCUUUGACCCAUACAGCGACGACCCCCGACUAGGCAUACAGAAGGUGGCACUCUGCAAGUACACAGCCCAGAUGGUGGUGGCUGGCACCGCAGGCCAGGUGCUGGUGUUGGAGCUGAGUGAUGUGCCAACUGAGCAGGUAGUUAGUGUGGCCAGUGUGGACCUCCUCCAGGACCGCGAGGGCUUCACGUGGAAGGGCCACGACCGACUGAGCCCCAACAUGGGGCCACUGUCUUGGCCAGCCGGCUUCCAGCCCCGAGUGUUGGUGCAAUGCCUGCCACCUGCUGCCGUCACUGCCAUCACACUCCACACCGAGUGGGGCCUUGUGGCCUUUGGCACCAGUCAUGGCUUUGGUCUCUUUGACUACCAGUGCAAGAGCCCUGUGCUGGCCAGGUGCACUCUUCACCCCAACGACUCCCUGGCCAUGGAGGGGCCACUGUCUCGGGUGAAGUCACUCAAGAAGUCCUUGCGUCAGUCUUUCCGGCGUAUUCGCAAGAGCCGGGUAUCCAGCAAGAAGCGGGCGGUGAACACUAACAGCAAGUUGCAGGAGGCCAAUGCCCAGCUAGCGGAGCAGGCCUGCCCCCAUGACUUGGAGGUGACACCUGUACAGCGCCGCAUUGAGCCCCGCUCAGCCGAUGACUCCCUCUCGGGUGUGGUGCGCUGCCUCUACUUUGCCGACACAUUCCUUCGAGAUGCUGUCCACCAUGGCCCUACCCUGUGGGCUGGCACCAACUCGGGCUCCGUGUUUGCCUAUGCACUGGAGGUGCCUACAGCGGCGGCAACAACAGGCAGCGAAAAGUGGCCAGAGCGGGUUGUAGAGGCUGUGCUGGGCAAGGAGGUGCAGCUGAUGCACCGAGCACCUGUGGUGGCCAUCGCUGUGCUGGACGGGCAUGGCCGUCCACUGCCCGAACCCUAUGAGGCUUCCCGGGACCUGGCACAGGCGCCUGACAUGCAGGGUGGUCACGCUGUGCUCAUCGCAUCUGAAGAGCAGUUCAAGGUGUUCACACUGCCGAAGGUGAGUGCCAAGACCAAGUUCAAGCUGACGGCCCAUGAGGGCUGCCGCGUGCGCAAGGUGGCACUGGCCACGUUUACUAGCGUGGCCUGCGAAGACUACGUUGAGACCUGCCUGGCCUGCCUCACCAACUUGGGUGACGUCCAUGUCUUCUCGGUGCCUGGCCUGCGGCCCCAGGUGCACUACUCCUGCAUCCGGAAGGAGGACAUCAGUGGCAUCGCCUCCUGUAUCUUCACGAGCCACGGCCAAGGUUUCUACCUGAUCUCUCCAUCGGAAUUUGAACGGUUUUCCCUAAGUGCCCGGAACAUCACAGAGCCGCUGUGCUCUCUGGACAUUUCCUGGCCCCAUGACACUACCCAUGUCAGCUACAGGCUCCAAGAGUUGUCCAAGCUGAGUCAGGCUAAUGGGACCCCAAGUAUCAUCCUGACCCCACGGAGCUGUGACAGGAGCCCAAGUCCUGCCCGAAGCAAGGGAGCAGGGGACACUCUGGAGCUGCCCGAGGCUCUGCCCUCACCUGUGUUCACAGACUCAGCCACCAGUGCUGAUAGCACACUGGACACCACGACUGGGGACGUAACAGUGGAGGAUGUGAAGGAUUUCUUGUGCUCUUCGGAGGAACCCCAGAAGAUCUUGAGGAACACGGCGCAGGACGAGGCAUGCGCCUGCACGCUCCUGAUCAAAUGA